GGCAGGCUUGUCUAGUUAGCGACGGUCAAGCAAACAGCGUUAUUUGCUUGACUUUUGCUGGACAAAUGUACUCACUCGGGCCGCUUAGAGCCCGAACCCGCUUGGAGUGCUGAGGCGGUCUCGCCAUCCGUACACCCGACAUGGCGUCGGCCAAGCCUUUGCAAGACGCAUGGGGUGCAGCGCGCUUGCUGCCGACCGUCGACUUGUUUGAGGAGGGUGUGGAGGAAGGCUCCGAUACCGAGGCCGCGGCCGAUCUCGCGAGCCUCGUGGAGUUGGCCGAGCGCCCGGACCUGGCACUGUGCCCCGCCACGCCCGAGGGCCUUGGGGCGGUGGUGAGGAGCUGCAAGGGGCCGGCGGCGGAGGCGGGCUUGUGCCCAGGAACCAUGAUCUUGUCGGUGAACGAGCAGGCUAUGGACACGGUGCCCGUUGGCGCAGUGGAGGAGCACUUGAAGCAUGACCCAUUGCCCCUGACCGUUGGCGUGAAGCCGCCCCUGAAUUUGCCGCCCGCCAAGAAGAUGAAAAAGCACGGCCGGGACCCGGUGACCAUUUGCACUGCUCGCUGCCGCAGCUCCGGCACCAUCGUGCAGGUGGCGAUUGGCCAGCUCGGGUGGAAGGAGCUCACAUUUGAGGCCAAGGACGCCUCUGUGGUUUGGCUGGAGCACGGGGAUCCCUCUGAAGGCCUUGCCCCAGUGCAGACCGUCACCCGCCUGGACGCCUUUCUGCACAUGUGCCGCAAGGCGCCCUUUGCACGCUGCAUGCGGGCCUGGCAGAAGGAGCUCCCGGAUGCCUUUGCCUUCGUCCCCCCGACCUGGGUGUUGCCGAUGGACGCUGCGGACUUGGAACUGGAAAUGGGCCAAAGUCGAUCCACCUACAUCGCCAAACCCAGCACAGGCACCCAGGGCAAAGGCAUCGUCCUGGCCAAGAAGUGGUCUGACUUGACGGAGGUGGUGCAGAAGUCGAAGCCCUUUAGUGAGACCUGCUUCUCCCCGGAGUACGUGGUGCAGAGAUACGUCAGCUCGCCCCUGCUGCUGGACGGCCUGAAGUUUGACAUGCGGAUCUACGUGGUGGUGACCUCCAUCGUGCCGCUGCGGGGGUAUUUGUUCAAGGAGGGCCUGGCGCGGUUCUGCACGGUGCCCUACCAAGCCCCCAAAGAGUCCAACCUCAAAGAGGCCUGCAUGCACUUGACAAACUUCGCGGUGAACAAGCAGAGCAAAGAUUUCCAAGCCACUAGCGACACCCAGGAGGGCUCCAAGCGCUCGGUGUCCUCGGUCUUCUGGCAGAUCGAGGCCUCCGGGGCCAAAGGCGCGGAGCAGCUCUGGGCGGACGUGGCCCAGCUGGCCGCGAAGACCUUGGCGGCGCUGCGGCCCAGCUUGCUCGAGUACUACGUGCAGAGGGCCAAGCCACUGCACCCGUGGGCGCCCAAGGGCGUGCAGAUCCUUGGGCUGGACAUCUUGUUGGACAGCUCCUUGGCGCCGCAUCUGCUGGAGCUGAAUGCCAACCCCUCCCUGUCCGUGCUGCAGCCCGCCGACCCGAAGGACAGGGACGAGGUGGAGACGCCGGCCGGUAGCGGCGCUUCGGCGGUCAGGCGUAUGCGAGAGGAGGAGCCGGAGGUCGUGGCGGCGCCGCCGGCCAUGGCAGCGCCGGCCGCGUCAGCGCCGGCCACGGCGCCGGUGGCCAAGUUGUUGGGGAAGCUUGAGGGGCUGAGCGCAGAAGAGCUGAGCCAAGUGGAGGCCUUCGUAGAUACGCUGCGGAAAGGGAAAGGCAGAACCACGACGCCAGGUCGCGACAAGGAGAGGCCGCCCAGAAGCUCCCCCGAGCGCCGCUGCGCCAGCCGCGGGGCGAGCUCCAAGAGUUUGUCCAGCAGCCCGGAGCGCAGGAAGAUGGUGCAGAACCCCCUGGACGUGGCCAUCAAGAAAGAGCUGGUGGCCCAGGCCCUUCUGCUGGCGCGGCCGGCCUUGCAGUCCAAGGUGCAGCGCUUGAGGAAGCAGUGGCUGGAGGAGACGCCGAGCAUCCCGGACCCGGUGCCGCUGGAUGACGAGGGCGCCUGGGCGAAAGCAGAUCUCGCAGAGGAGCUGCAGACGGAGGUGCGGCAGGACGCGCCCUCCCGCAGCCCCGGGCUGGUGGCGCUGGACCUCGCGGCCGCUCCGGCGGACUUCGCGGCGCAGCACCUGGCGCUGUACCGCGCCUUCGCGCGGAGCUGCGGGCCCAGCCAGGCGGUGGGCCAGGGCCAAGUGCUGAAGCUCCUGGAGCGCGGCGGCUUCAUCGGCGAGGAGGCGGUCUUCAAAGACAAGAUCGUGUGUCAACUCUGGCUGACCAAGAUCUGGCGCCUGGUGGUGGAGAAUUCCUACGGCCUCGGCUUCGCGGAGUUCCUGCGCGUGCUGGGCCUGGUGGGCGAUUUGGCCGACUCCGAGCCGGGGGCAGAGAUCCCGGCGGACCAGGGCUACUCCAUCGGAGGCAUCAUGCGGUACAUGGAAAUCGCCAGUGACUGAUGUGCAGAAAGGUCUACGGCGAGUUGGAAGCUGGCUACGUGGCGGCUGGAAACCGACAAGCUGACCGAGAACCUGCCGGUUCUCAGUUGAACCCCGCAACCGUUGAAUGUACUGGGACUGGUUGGUGCCGCUCAGCCCAAGCGGCAAGCAAGCGAAGGCGUCCCACACGACCUGAGAUCUUCGACAUGGACUUUGCCGGGCCAAAGAUGCGACCCGACCGCAGUGUUCGCGGAGAUCCCACACGGUGCAAGGAGCUCCCGACUUUUCUAUGAAGCAUCCAGAUGGGGCACCUGAUUGUUUAGUCCGAGUGCCUCCCAUGAGUCAAUGAGGCUGGCCAAAACAUGAGCCCGCGCACGCCAAGCGCC